AUGAAAAUUUAUACUCAUAAGUUCGCGAGAUCACUUUUACAAAAUUUUUCGAGAUUAAACAAUAAAUUUCACGUAAGAUAUUCUUCACAAUAUUACAAGAUAGAUGAUAAUCUCUUCGGAUUAAACGAAGAACAGAAAGAACUUCGACAAUUGGUUUUCAAUUUUGCACAAAAAGAACUUGCUCCGAAAGCCGCUGAGAUCGAUAAGAAAAAUAAUUUCGAUGAACUGAGGGAGUUUUGGAAGAAACUUGGUCAACUGGGGUUAUUAGGAAUAACAGUAAAACCCGAAUAUGGCGGUACAGGAGGUACAUAUCUAGAUCAUAUUAUCGCUAUAGAGGAUUACAGAAAUGGGACGGAAGAACAGAAGCAGAAAUAUCUACCAAAGCUGUGUAGCGGAGAACAUAUUGGAGCACUCGCGAUGUCAGAGUCGACAUCCGGAUCUGACGUAGUCUCUAUGAAAUUGCGAGCUGAGAAAAAAGGCGAUUAUUACAUUUUGAACGGUCAUAAAUUUUGGAUCACAAAUGGUCCCGAUGCUGACGUUCUUGUCGUUUAUGCAAAAACGAAUCCAAAUGCGGCUAAACCGCAACACGGUGUUACCGCAUUUAUCGUGGAACGAGGUUUCGAAGGUUUCGAUACAGGUGAAAAAUUGGACAAACUCGGUAUGCGGGGUUCAAACACUGGCGAACUUGUAUUCGAGGAUUGUAAAGUUCCUGGUAACUUUCUCUUCACAUUACUUAGUGGUUUAGAUUUGGAACGAGCAACCUUAGCAGCAGGUCCUUUAGGGAUUCUCCAGGCAUGUUGCGACGUGGCAUUCGACUAUGCUCAUACGAGGAAACAAUUUGGAAAACGUAUAGCAGAAUUUCAACUGAUACAAGAGAAAAUUGCAAAUAUGUAUACGAAUUUAAGCGCCUGCAGAAAUUACUUGUACUCUGUAGCUAGGUGUUGCGAUGCAGGACACAUAAGUGGGAAAGAUUGUGCCGCGGUGAUACUUUACAUCGCUGAAUGUGCGACAAACGCUGCGUUAGAUGCCAUUCAAAUACUUGGCGGCAAUGGUUAUGUAAAUGAUUAUCCUACUGGAAGGUUUUUAAGAGAUGCGAAAUUAUACGAAAUUGGUGCUGGUACCAGUGAAAUUCGCCGAAUGGUAAUUAGUAAAGCUAUUAGCCAGGAAUAUUCAUGA